CUGCCGGAGAACGGUUCAAUCUGCUAGCUGGGCGAGUCUGCAAGGCGACUGUAAAGAGCUAUCGUAUCAAAGAUAAAUAACCUCCGUGAAAAUUAAUUCUGGGGUUUUAAGAAAGUGGGAAUCCGAGGGGGAAGAAGCAAUAAAGUGGAGGAUUAUAACUAGGCUCUUCCAGAUAUGAUCAAUUAUGGCUCGGUUUAAACUUUUGGAUCCGAGUGGAAACUUUCCGUCAGAGCUGCACAGGAAGACCUCUAAAGGCAGGAUAAACCUGAGUGCUGCCGUCCCUUUUGGCUGCCGAUUGCUGUCCCGUAAUAAAUAUGUCUGGUUGUUCUAGGAGAGAACUCCUUAUCAAAAGGAUGCCUGCAGUGUUGCCAUGUGCGUGCACAACUCAACCGGAAAUUUGCAGGGAAAAAAAGCAAAGCGCGGAAAAAUAAUAAAGUGUAACCUUUGAAAAGCCAGACAUCUAUCAAAGUGGAGUAGUACAGGGAAGCACCAGGACCUGGAGCUCAGCGACUGUAACCAUAUACGUACACGAUUCAGAUCUGGGCACGCAGGACAUUUUACAUUACACCUACGGCUGGCCGCAAGUAUUCUAGGAGCUGAAAUUGCCAGAUUAUUCUCAAUAUUGCUGUAAGGCGUGGAUGCCAUUUAUGUGGACAAUUCUUAGUUGAAGAGAAAAGUCAACAUGGCUUUGGCCGGCUGUCCAGACUCUUUUCUACACCAUCCCUACUAUCAGGACAAUGUUGACCGGACAUCUCAUAGGCCUAGAGAAGAAAUUGGACCCAGUUUCCAAGCUUCCUGCAGUCGUAAUUCACCUAACCAUCAAGAAGAUGAUGUAGACCUGGAAGCUUUGGUGAAUGAUAUGAAUUCUUCAUUUGACAGUUUGUAUUCUAUAUGCUGUGCUCAGUCAGAAACAACUCCACUUAUUCAAAAUGGUCAGCUUGCCUAUAGUCAGUUGGCAAGUUCAGGAACAAACUCACCACAGCCAACAUCACCAAGGCAGAAGCUGCGACGUUCUCAGCCAAUGCACAUUCUGGCAGUCAGAAGACUUCAGGAAGAUGAUCAGCUCCGUACAUCGUCAUUGCCUGCCAUCCCAAACCCUUUCCCAGAAUUGUGCAGCCCCGCCAGCUCUCCAGUGUUGACUCCUGGUUCUAUGCCUCAGGAUCCACCUGCCCAUAAUCAUGUUAUUAAAGUUUUCAGCGAAGAUGGAACAAGCAAGGCAAUUGAACUUCCAUCUGAAAUGACUGCCAGAGAUGUGUGCCAGCUGUUGAUAUAUAAAUGUCAUUGUGUUGAUGAUAACAGCUGGACAUUAAUUGAACAUCAUCCACAUCUAGGUCUAGAAAGAUGUUUGGAAGACCAUGAAGUGGUAGAACAAGUGCAAUCCAUGUGGACAAUGGGAAAUCAAAGCAAAUUUUUAUUCAGAAAAAACUAUGCCAAAUAUGAAUUUUUUAAACAUCCAACAAGCUUCUUUCCAGAGCAAAUGGUAGCUUGUUGCCAGGAGUUAAAUGGAAGUAGCCCACAUUCACAGAUUUUGCAGAACUUCUUGAGCUCUAGCAGUUGCCCAGAAAUUCAAGGAUCCUUGCAUGUAAGGGAAGUGGGAAGAAAGUCUUGGAAGAAGCUGCAUGUGUUUAUGCGAAGAUCAGGACUUUACUUUUCCUCAAAAGGAACUUCAAAGGAACCAAGACAUCUUCAGCUGUUAGCAAACAUUGAAGACAAUAAUGUAUUUUCAUUAGUAGCUGGCAAGAAAACAUACAGUGCACCAUCAGACUAUGGUUUUUGUAUAAAGCCCAUAAAAAUGAGGAAUGAAACAAAGGACCUUCGAUUGUUAUGUGCCGAAGAUGAGCAGAGCAGAACAUGUUGGAUGACAGCCUUUCGACUCCUCAAGUAUGGCAUCCUAUUGUAUCAGAACUAUCGGAUUCCUCAACAAAGGAAAACAAUAUUAUCCCACUUCUCCACACCAGUGAGAAGCAUAUCAGAAAAUUCCUUGGUAGCUAUGGACUUCUCUGGACACACAGGCCGAGUCAUAGAAAAUCCUGCAGAGGCCCAAAUUGCAGCCAUGGAAGAAGGUCAAACAUGGAGGAAACGUAGUCAGCGGAUGAACACUCUGGGUAGUUCAAGUCCUUUACAUCCCCCCACGCUCAGCCACACUAUUCACAGAACUCAACCAUGGUUUCACGGCCACAUCUCUCGAAAAGAGGCUCAUAGUAUGAUCGAAAAACAGGGGCCUGUGGAUGGGUUAUUUCUUCUGAGAGAUAGUCAGAGUAACCCAAAGACAUUUGUGCUAACAUUGUAUUGUCAACAGAAGAUCAGGCAUUUCCAGAUAUUACCAUUUGAAGAGAAUGGACAACUUGUCUUCAGUCUUGAUGAUGGAAAUACCAAGUUUACUGAUCUUAUCCAGCUUGUUGAAUUUUAUCAAUUGAACCGAGGAAUCCUUCCUUGCAAACUAAAGCAUUACUGUUCCCAGAUUUCCUUAUAACUGUUGAUUGUUGUUUACUGAUUUGAAUUAACUAUAGCAGACUUGAAUUGCUACCUGAUUCUCUGCGUCGACUCUGGAGUCUUUUGGAGAAAAUGAACUGCAUUCAUUUAACAGAACUGUGAAAUCCAAUAAAAACAUUCAUUGAAGACUAAAAUUGAGACUAUAACUUCUUGUUCACAAAAUAUGUGGUAAUACAGAAGAAGACAUGGGCUGAGCAAUUAAGUAUUUGCAAGUUUCAAUAAUCACUUUGUAGAAACUGAAAAAGACCCUCAAGAUGAACUACAAACAUAUAAAAGAUUUGUUUGUGACAACAAAAACUUGACUAUAGUACCUGCUUUGGAGUAAUCUUGGUACUGACUUUGUAUUUUUUUAAAAAUGGGCGACCCAUUUGCUCAUUCAAAAAAAAAGAAAAAUAGACAUCAUCCCAUUGCUGAAGAGACAUUUCCUUUCCUACAGCACUUAAUGUUUCUUUUACUUCCAUAAUGCAGCUUCUUAUGAGUAAUGUUCAAGUGUAGAGAUGAUGAAAGAAUGGGACAAAUCAUAUGGCUACUGCUUUUGGAAGUUAAAAUCGCUCUUGUCAUAUAAUAGGUUGAUCAAAAAUGCAGAUCCAACCCAUUUUACUGCUGUGAAAUAAUGUGUUUAAAUCACGUUUUGAAACAAUGAUGCAUUGAAGUUAAAUCAAUUUUAAGUACUUUCUGGAGAUAACUGAAAAGCUAAAAACAUUUUAAUAACUAUGAAUUUAGACACGAGAGGGGUAAUUUUUACUUUUACUUUAGGUGCAGGUGGAAGGUGGCAGUGCCUGAUAGUUUGCCUGUUAUCCGCCCUUCAUUGACUGAAGUGGAGUGGGAAAUCAGGUGGGGUGUAAAAUGGGCAACCGAUUGGUAACCUUCGGUUGAUCCAAAAUGAAAAUUACCUCCAGCACUCUUGUAUUAGUCCAGAUCUUUGACAAGUACUCAGAUUUAAUCUUGUUUUCUGAGAAUUUGCUCCUCAGCACUGGAUACCAUAUCCACUCUGAGGUUUAACUAAUCGUUUAACCACAUGUGGAAUUGGUUUACUGCAUUGUUUUAUCUCCCAGAGAGUUCUGUUGUCUAGCUCUGGUAAUCAAGGUCAUUCACGUUGUACAGGUCAAUGACCUUUUAUUGUUAGCCCACAGCAAUAAAACUUUAUUACUGUAUUUAGAUUGCACAGGAGCACUACAAAACAAAUGUUUUCAAAAUGUACAAAAUCCAUUCUUAAAAAAGGCAGCAUAUUUUUACGAAAUCAUGCAUUUCAGAUGGUAAUGUUGUAAAAGUACCAAAUUGGUGUUCAAAUACAAUUCUAAUGAAACAAGUAUGAAGGCAGCCCUGUUUUAAGAGAAUCUGUAGAUGUUGAACACUAUAGUUUACAAAUUACAAUUUCAAUUAGUAUUUGUUCUAUUGAUUUUCUUUCAAAACCUGUCAACUUAUUGAAGGUGAGGCUUGAUUUGAGUUUAAGGGCAUCGUACACUUGCCUUUAUCAUAAGUAAAUGAUUUUCAUUAUUUUCUGCUGUGUUGUAUUUGUUGCAAAAGUGCCCCUUUCAAAGAAAAUGUUGCCUAAUGUACCACCACCCAAGAAUAUACAUGCAUGCUUUUGUAAUAAGUUGCAUAAACUGCUCCACACAGCCAAUGCUGGCCUGAAGGCAUUUAACUUUAACAAAAUAUCACUGGUUCCAAAAAUAAUAUUCCAAAAAUGUUGUGUAUUUUUGAAACCAGGCUCCAGAUACCUUAUCUGUAAACACUUGGCCAGAAUUUUUAAAUCAGUAUUGCAUCUCAUUGCAUAUUUAUGAAUGUAAAUUAUAUUUAAAUUUAGAGGUGGAAAAGGUGUUUAGGAUGCGUUCUGAUAAAGUGUAGUGUCUGACGGUUUGAACACUCAAUAGUUAUUCAUCAAUUAGCCUCAUCCAUUAGUUCAGCAGAUAAUAUGCAUAUACUAUUAAUUAUAUUCUUAUUAUCAGCUUUACUGAGUUCCUGUAUUGAAAUUCUGGCAGACUCUUCAAUUUGACUGGGCCCAACAGGUUCAGCUGGCUGUCAAUACCAGAAGCCAAUGAUAUUUUAUUUUUGUAUUUGUGAUAUGAAUGUACAGUAAAAGGGGACUCUCAGGGUUGAUGAAGCCUGUUGAUUUUUUUCCUUGGCCUGUGGAAAAAAAAUCCUGAUGUAGCAUGGCUUAAGGAGGAUAUACCAAACAUAUUUGGUUAUUAACAUCUACAUUGACUUGUGCGUCUAUAUUUAACAGCAAGCUAAUUCACCCAUCAAACUGAAAAUAGGUAAUGCACUUCAAUUUGUAUGGGUCUGCCCCUCUUUUUUUGCAUGAAGAUUUAACCAACCAUUUGACCAAUCAAUGCACCUUUUCCAGUGAUAGGAUUUGCUUAUCACAGAUUAAAUUUGACACAAUGCAAAAACUGAUGACUAUGAAAUGGAAUACAGCAAACCUUUCUUUCAGGGAAUGCUUGAAGGUAUUAACUUUUUAAAUGAAAAUCUGUAUUCAUAAUAUGCUUUGCUUCUUGAUGUAAAUAGCGGUAAGGCUUGUGAACAUAACUGUAACUGUUCAGGUAUUUUUGUAUAAAUAAGGGACUGAUAUAUUCUGUUUAUUGUAAUUAGAAAUAAACAUUAAUGCAAACUUGCUCAUUUACAACUA